CACACACACACACACACACACCGGUCACUGCCGCUCUGUGAUUCUCUCCGCGUCUCCAGGACUUUGCGCCUCGCUCCGCCGCACUCCAGAUCUCACACACACACACACACACACACACACACACACACUCUCUCUUCUCCAGGUCAAAUUGAGAAAGAAAACAACUAAAGAACGGAGAGAGACCGAGGUGUGACGGAAGGACACGUCUGGAUACAGGCUGACCUCUGUACAAGCUCAGAGAUCAAAGGUCAUAGGUCAUGACCUCACUUUGAUCCCAGGCAUACCUUUCCAUUCCACUCUCGUGACCUCAUGUUCCACACCUUCCCCAACAAAUCCAGGACGCAGACGGCGGUCGCCAUGGAGAAGACCUAUUCACUAACAGCGCAUUACGAUGACUUUCAGGAAGUCAAGUAUGGCAGCCGCUGCAGCAGCAGCACGCUCAGUAACGGCAUGAGCUUGCAUCUGGGCGGGUCUCUAGACCGCAAUGGGCGUGGCCGGAGUGGACGGGAUAAAUGCGUGGGUGGGGCUAGUCCUGGGAGUGGAACCCCAGCUCGCUGGAGUCGCCGUGAAAUCUGCCUGCUGUCGGCGCUGGUGUUCGCGGCGGGAAUAUGCGUGAUUCUUGGCUGCAUGCUGGCACUGAAGUUUCUGUCGUUGGAAACACAGGAUUCUCAAUGUCGUCAGGACUGCGUGAAGCGACGCUCGCUGCUCCGGGCGGCACGGUUCAUCCAGGGUAACAUCGACCCGAGUGUCCAGCCCUGUCAUGACUUCUACAGCUUUGCGUGUGGAGGAUGGCUCCGGCGACACGGGAUACCGGAGGAUAAACUGAGCUACGGAAUCAUCACCGCCAUUGGAGAGCAAAACCAAGAGAAGCUGCAGCGCCUCUUACAGGCGCCGGUCCAGAGGAAAGAGCCGGGUAGCGCAGAAAGAAAGGUGAAGGAAUUUUAUCGCUCCUGUAUCAACAUUCAGGAAAUUGACCGUCUGGGGGCGGGGCCUAUGACGGAGGUGAUUGAAAGCUGCGGUGGGUGGGAUCUGUCUGGAGCUCCUCCCGGAGGGGCGGGCUGGGACAGUGGCUCCGCCCCUGUGAGGCCGGAUUUUAAUGAGAUGCUGUAUAAGACUCAGGGCGUGUACAGCACGUCUGUGUUCUUCUCUCUCACUGUCAGCGUAGACGAUAAAAACUCGUCACGCAACGCCAUACGGAUCGAUCAGGAGGGUUUGACUCUACCGGAGAGAACUCUGUAUCUGGGUCAGGAUGAGGACAGUGUGAAGAUUCUGGCAGCCUAUAAGGCGUUGAUGGAGAGAUUGCUGAGCAUGCUGGGAGCCCAUAACGCCACGCUGAAAUCUAGCGAGAUUCUGGACCUGGAGACGAGACUUGCUAACAUCACAAUGUCUGAAUUUGAUGACCAAAGAAAAGAUAUAAGUAGCAUGUACAACCGUAUAACAUUAAAACAACUCCAGAAAAUGGCUCCCAGCUUUCACUGGAAGCGUUUGUUGGAUCGGAUCUUCCAUGAUCAUUUCUCCGAGGAGGAGGAGAUCGUCGUUUUAGCCGCUGACUACAUGCAAAGAGUGUCAGACAUCAUUAAAACCACGUCUAAACGGGUUCUUCAUAACUACAUGUUGUGGCGGAUCGUGGCGGCGUUGAGCGAGCAUCUCUCCACGGCGUUCCGCAGCACCAUCCAUGAGUUCUCGCGCGAGAUCGACGGCACCGAGCGCCAGCUUGAACUGGGGCGACUCUGUCUCACUCAGGCCAACAAACACUUCGGCAUGGCGCUCGGCGCGCUCUUCGUCCAACAGUACUUCUCUUCUAAGAGCAGAGCCAAGGUACAGGAGCUGGUGGAGGACAUUAAACAUUCAUUAGAUCUCAGACUGCAGGAGCUCGACUGGAUGGAUGAAGAAACUAAAGACGCUGCCAGAGCAAAGUUACGGCACAUGAUGGUGAUGACCGGUUAUCCAGACUUCCUGUUAAAACCAGAACUUAUUGACGAGGAAUAUGCUUUUGAUGUCAACGAGAAAACAUAUUUCAAGAACAUCCUCAACAGCAUCAAAUACAACAUCAAACUCUCCAUCAAAAAGAUUAAUAAAGAGGUGGACAAGACAACGUGGCUGCUUCCUCCACAGGCUUUAAAUGCAUAUUACCUGCCAAACAAAAACCAGAUGGUUUUCCCUGCAGGAAUUCUCCAGCCGACCCUCUAUGAUCCAGAAUUCCCUCAGUCACUGAAUUAUGGAGGAAUUGGAGCGAUCAUCGGACACGAACUGACACACGGAUACGACGACUGGGGAGGUCAGUAUGAUCGCUAUGGUAACCUGAAGCAGUGGUGGACCGAAGAAUCAUACAGGAAGUUUCAGAAGAAGGCGGAGUGUAUCAUCAAACUAUAUGAUAACUUCACUGUCUAUAACCAGAGGGUGAACGGGCGUUUGACGCUGGGGGAGAACAUCGCUGAUCUGGGUGGACUGAAGUUGUCUUAUUAUGCGUAUCAGAAGUGGGUUCGUGAUCACGGUCCUGAGCGUCCUCUCCCAGGACUCAAGUACACACAUGAGCAGCUGUUCUUCGUCGCGUUUGCUCAGAAUUGGUGUAUGAAGAGACGAUCACAGUCGAUAUACCUGCAGUUACUGACCGAUAAACACGCACCUGAGCACUACAGGGUCAUCGGCAGCGUGUCUCAGUUUGAAGAGUUCGGCCGUGUGUUCCACUGUCCCAGAGGGUCACCCAUGCACCCUGUCAACAAAUGUGCCGUUUGGUGACCUUUGACCUCUGAACCUUAUCCUUUGAUUGGCCCGUUUUCAUGACAACCGCUCCGAGCUUCUCAGACUUCGCGAUACGCCGUAAAAUCAUGACGCAGAAGUUUACAGCAUGUCAAGAGAAAUCAAAGACCAAACGACGUUCCCGCUUAACUUCCUAAAUACCAUCAUCACGCUAGAAGCUCCUCAUGCGCCAUUUCUUCUGAAAUAUUUGUUUAUUUUUAUAUUGCUGAGGGUGAAGUGUCAGUCACGUUUUGGGUGAUGAGUGUUUUUGAGUCGUGUAUGUAUGAUCACACAUGUGUGACGGAGACAGCUCUGUGCUGAAGGCAUGUUAAAGGUUUCUUCAUAUGACGUGUUUUGACUGUUUUGUGUUUUUAUAAAAUAGGCGUAAAAUUGAGGAAUGGACGGUCAGUCUGACAGAAGCAAACAUCUGAAUAUGUUUCAUGAUAUCAUGUUGCCCCCGUGUGUUUAUUUGUCAAAUUACAUUUUGGAUGUGAUUCAUAAGAUUGUGAAUCUCAUGAAGAAACUGCAAUAAAAAUGCACCCAGAUCAGAUAGCCCCUAAAUUAAAAACACAUAUAUAUAUAUUAUUUUUGUAUUAUGAUGUUAUUUUCAUGAAAAUUAACCAACAAAUUCUCAUUGCUGUAAUAUGCCCAGGCAUUUCCUGAUUCUCAUUAGACUGUCAUCACUAUUAUACAGUAUUUAUUAUUGCAUUCAGUGAUUUUAUUAAUUAAAGAUAGUACAGUUACUCCCAUCGUACCAUCGUAAAUACCUCACAAUUGAAAUAAUAUUAAUUAUAUUUCACUUGACAUUACUGAGAGUUAUUUGCAUUAUUGUAAUGAGAAUUUCAGUGCAUGGGGAAAUAUGUUUAAUCUUAAUUUUAUGCAAAAUAAAUCACAUUUAUUUCGUAUUGAUUAGGGUGUGCAAUAUGAGGUUUCGUGAGAUUCACCCAAGCAUCUUUUGUCCAGAUGUGAAACUGUUGAAAACAACAGAUGAAAACAUGUUUUCCUCAGAUAAUUGUUGAUUGGAUGUGAUUGUUUAUGUAUGUUCUGACCUUUUUCCCAAAAUUAAUUCUGGACUUAAAUUGACAGAAAAUCAGACCAAAACAAACAUUAAUGCGGCUGCAGCCUCUGCGGUGUGAGAAAAAUAACAUGUUUAUAUUACUGUCAUUUUUAUUUUGUAUGAAGUAUUUGCUCACGGAUAAUUACAGAGUAACUUUGUAUGAAUAAAUUAUAUAAAAGUGUAAAAAUGUACAGGUCGAAUAAAAGCAUGUUUGCUGUUAAGAAAAAAUGAAAAAACAUACAAAGUGGAAUAAAACAGAACUUUAUCAUCCACGGACUUUUAUUUUGAA